AUGGUUUCCACAAACAAUAAGGAAAAGCCUUGGGAUACACCUGACAUCGAUAAAUGGACCAUCGAAGAAUUUAAACCCGAGGAUAAUGCUUCUGGGUUGCCAUUUAUGGAAGAGUCCAGCUUUAUGACUCUAUUUCCAAAAUACAGAGAAAAAUACCUGAAAUCUAUCUGGAAUAGUGUAACGAGGGCACUAGACAAGCAUCAUAUUGCUUGUGUACUUGAUCUUGUUGAAGGUUCUAUGACUGUCAAGACAACUAGAAAGACAUAUGACCCAUCUAUUAUAUUAAAAGCUCGUGAUUUGAUCAAACUUUUAGCUCGUUCAGUUCCAUUUCAACAGGCAGUUAAGAUUCUAGAGGAUGAUAUGGCUUGUGACGUCAUCAAGAUUGGUAAUGUUGUUACCAACAAAGAGAGAUUUGUUAAGAGAAGACAACGUUUAGUUGGUCCAAACGGUAACACAUUAAAGGCAUUGGAGUUGCUAACAAAAUGUUAUGUUCUGGUGCAAGGUAAUACUGUAAGUGCCAUGGGUCCAUUCAAAGGUUUGAAAGAAGUUCGUCGUGUUGUUGAAGACUGUAUGAAGAAUGUCCAUCCUAUCUAUCAUAUUAAGGAAUUAAUGAUUAAAAGAGAAUUAGCGAAUAAACCUGAACUAGCCAAUGAAGAUUGGUCUAGAUUUUUACCAAUGUUUAAGAAGAGAAAUGUUGCUCGUAAGAAGCCAAAGAAAAUUAGAAAGGAAAAGAAGGUUUACACUCCAUUCCCACCUGCACAAUUACCUAGAAAGGUUGAUUUGGAAAUUGAAAGUGGUGAGUAUUUCUUAAGUAAGAGAGAAAAGGAGAUCAAGAGACGUGAAGAACGUAAAGAGCACCAAGAAGGGAAACAAAAGGAGAGAGACACCGAGAGACAAAAGGAUUACAUAGCUCCAAAGGAAGAAAAGUAUUCAAGUUCAAUAGGUAAACCUGCCAAGAAAGAAAAGAAAAGCCAUCACGAUGAUGAGGAUUCAAUGGAAGAAUAA